UCGAUUCCGUCAGCUAUUGAGCGAGUCUCUUUUUGUAGAUUUGCAGGAUGGCUGAAACAAAUGUUCGACAUGUGGAACUGUUGGGCUUUGAGAAAAGGUUCUUUCCAAGCCAGCACUAUGUGUACAUGCUCUUGGUGAAAUGGAGUGAUCAAUCUGAAAAGCUGGUUUACAGACGGUAUCCAGAAAUCCACACAUUUCAUAAAGCAUUGAAGGAAAUGUUCCCUAUUGAGGCAGGAGACAUUGAUCCAAAGGACAGAGUCAUUCCUUCAUUACCAGCUCCGAAAUGGCUAGACAAUCAGAAAACGACAGAGACAAGGCAGGUGACUCUUGCAGAAUACUUUCGCUCUCUGCUCAACCUGCCUCCAAAGAUCUCUCACUGCCAUCUUGUGAGUGACUUCUUCAAAAUGCGUCUUGAAGAUGAAUCUCCACCCGCCCCACACCCAUACAAAAGAAAUGAGACAUUCAUUAUGUCCACCAAUAGAUCACGAAGCAACACCUCUUCAGAAAUCACAGGGCCAAUCAUGCUUGAGAGCUACAGAGUGAUCGCAGACUACAGCAAGAGCUCAAAGUAUGAACUCGCCCUGAAGGCAGGAGAUAUGGUGGACAUAGUGGAAAAAAGCCCUAAUGGAUGGUGGUUUUGUCAGUGUGAGUCUAGAAGAGGCUGGGUUCCAGCUGCUUACUUAGAACCGCUGGAUGGAGCAGAUGAAUCCGAGGAACAAGAGCCUAAUUACGCAGGAGAGCUCUAUAAAACCUCCAAAGGAUACACAGCUGCUGAAGAGGAUGAGUUGACUCUUGAGGCAGGAGAGACUAUUGAGGUCAUCCAUAAACUUCUGGAUGGCUGGUGGGUGGUCAGGAAAGGAGAAGAUACAGGCUACUACCCAUCCAUGUUCCUAUGCAGGACUGGAGAGAAGAAAGAGCUGGAUGCUGAGAGGGAUGUAGUCAGAAGAUCAACCCCACCACCCAGAAGAUCUACCAUACGCAAUGCCCAGAGCAUCCAUACCAAGGGACGUCAGCGAAUCAGUCAGGACUCCUAUCGUAAGCAGAGUCGACGGUUCUUACAGCAGCGAGGAAGACUAAACUCACAAUCCAAGAACAUGACACGAUCUCCACUGCAAGAGAGGAAGACUAACAGAGAAAACAAUUCAAAAUCAGACUCGUCCAAAGCAGAUUAUCUGGACAAACAUACUCCAGUCAUUCCUCCUCGGCCCAGUCCUCAGCUCAUUCUGGAGCGCUGCACAGAGAACACAUGCAAGAGAGUCAGCAUACAUGAAGCCAACUGAACUGCAUUCAACGGCAUGUGCUAAACCUUUACUUGAAUCUGUGGUGUCUGUAACUGGUAUUCUCAGGCAUUCAGACACUUGUACAUAAAAAUGCUCUGUGCGUCUCUGCUUAGGCCAGAACCAAUUAUUAGCUAUGUAAACAUUUCUAUAUAUGUCAACCAUCUAUUUACUCUAUUACAGUUAUA